AUGACAAAAACAACAGCUCGAUGCUACAAUAUCUUCGAUAGAAAACUCAGCAAAGAAGGCACUGUAGAGUUGGUCGAGCGUCAGCUGUUCGUGGAGGGGUUCGCAGAAGAUUCUGAUACUGCUGUGCGACUGAUAGCUCCAAGAGGCGAACUCUUCGACGAUUCCGAUACAAGGAUUUGGCAAAUAGACCAUCUCGACAUUCGAUCUCAAUAUGUUAACAUAACUGCUAUUGAGUUAGAUUCAGUUGUUGUUGAAACAGCAAAGAAAUGGUUUGGCGUUAUUGAAGAAGAAAAUCACCAUGUGAUUGUACAAGAUGGUCUCGAGUACUUGAAAGAAGCAAAGCAAAGCAAACGUGGGGAGAGAUCUGAUGUCAUAGCCUUGGAUGCAUGUGAUGAAGCCAUUAGAUCGCCGUGCCCUGCUAAAGUAUUUCGGGAUGUGGAAUUCGCAGCUGCAGCCGCUGCAACAGAUGAGGAGGACUGCACGACAUUUGAAGACGGUCUUGAUACGACAGAAAGAAAAAAUCUAACAAGGGCGCUUCAUGUGGUGAAUGCAAAAUACGACUGCGAGUUAGCGCGCUAUGCCUUUGCCGACCUCUUCGAUGCUAGUAAUAAUGGCACUACUGAAGAUGUGGAAGAGAUUAAGAAAGAGGCAGUAAAACUCGAAAUGUUUGACCUCGAUUACAUCCAUUUAGAGCGCGAAGUCAAAGUCUUCAAAAUUGGUGCUAUAACGAGAUUCGAAGAGCAGUUUAGUAACGCGGACGCAGGGAAAUCUGUUGGGUGCUCUCAUCUUCAGACUAAUAGAGAACUAUACUUAUGUGUCUUGGAGAGCGACAAUUCGGAAUUGGAAGUCGCUCUUUAA